AUGAAUUACACUGUUUUUAGGUGUUCCACUUGUUCGGAGGCUAUGUGCAGUGAUGGGGAAUGCCUUUCUCGUCGACAACUCUGUGAUGGUAAUGCGGACUGUACAGACGCAUCGGAUGAGCAAGGCUGCAGUGGUAUUUCUUUUCGCCUGAUGGACGGUAACGAAGUGAGCGGAAAUGUGCAGGUUCUAUUCAAAAGUGUUUGGCAACCUGUUUGUCAACAGCACAUCGAACAAAUAGCUGCUGAUAAAAUUUGUAGCAGCAUGAACAUGGGGUGA